GGAACUUGAAGUCCCACACGGCCACACCUCAGCUCUCUACUACACAAACUGCAGUUUUAUCUGUUAACCAACACACAGUUGAGCCAAGAAAAAAUGAAGCUCUUCUCUUCUUCAACCUCUUCAAACCCCUCAAACUUAACAAUCUUCUUACCAAAACAGACCCCAUCACCAUCAAAACUCCUCAUCCCCACACCCUUUAAACCCAUCCACUCAAAACCUCCUUUCCACACACUCUCAGCCCAUGAGUCCUCCUCAUCACUUCAAGAACCCAAGGCCUCAACUGAAUUAUUCAGUGAAGAUAAAGAUAAGCUUAAUGAAGAGAUCAGAGCUAGUAGACAGUCUUUAGAGGAGCUUCUGGUUGUUAGAAGACCAGUAAUGGAUUCAUUGGUUGAAGAUGAGGAGGAGGAGGAUGAGGAGGAGGAGGGCUUGUCUUCUGUUGAUGCUAGUCUUGCAAAAUUUGCAAAAAAAGUAGCUUUUUUUGAACCUGAGAGAGUUGAGUCCAGGGAGGAGAGGCCUUUGGUUGUGAAUUUGGACUUGGCCCUUUAUAGAGCUAAGGUUUUAGGCAGGAAUUUUCGAUAUCAAGAAGCAGAGGAACUUCUUCAAAAGUGUAUAUAUAAAUGGCCUGAAGAUGGGAGGUCUUAUGUGGCUCUUGGAAAGAUAUACAACAAACAGUCUAAAGCAAAUGAAGCUAGAAGUGUGUAUGAGAAAGGUUGUCAGGCCACUCAAGGAGAAAAUGCCUACAUUUGGCAGUGUUGGGCUGUUCUAGAAAACAAGAUGGGAAAUAUUAGGAAAGCUCGAGAUUUAUUUGAUGCUGCCACAGUUGCUGACAAGAAACAUGUUGCUGCUUGGCAUGGAUGGGCGGUCUUAGAGCUGAAAGCUGGAAAUAUUAAGAAAGCUAGAAAUUUACUUGGAAAAGGUCUCAAAUACUGUGGUAAAAACGAGUAUAUCUACCAAACACUUGCAAUGCUUGAAGCUAAAGCGAAUCGGUUUGAGCAAGCGCGUUAUUUGUUCAGGCAGGCUACGAAAUGCAAUCCUAAAAGUUGUGCUAGUUGGCUUGCUUGGGCUCAGGUUGAAGCUCAGCAAGGCAACAAUAUAGUCGCCAGGAAGAUUUUUGAGAAAGCAGUUCAGGCGAGUCCUAAGAAUAGGUUUGCAUGGCACGUGUGGGGAGUGUUUGAAACUAAUCAAGGAAAUGUUGAUCAAGGAAGGAAGCUCUUUAAGAUAGGUCAUGCACUAAAUCCAAGAGAUCCUGUGCUUCUUCAAUCUCUUGCCUUACUAGAAUACAAGUACUCAACUGCAAACCUUGCUCGAGUCUUGUUCAUAAGAGCAUCUGAAUUGGAUCCACGACACCAACCUGUGUGGAUUGCUUGGGGAUGGAUGGAGUGGAAAGAAGGAAACAUAGACACAGCCAGGGAACUAUACCAAAAAGCAUUGUCAAUAAAUUCAGCCAGUGAAAGUGCUGCUCGCUGUCUCCAGGCCUGGGGUGUCUUGGAACAGAGAGCUGGCAAUCUAUCUGCAGCUAGAAGGCUCUUUAGAUCUUCACUUAAUAUAAAUUCUCAGAGCUAUGUAACAUGGAUGACUUGGGCAUCAUUGGAAGAAGACCAGGGGAAUGCUACACGAGCUGAGGAAAUCCGCGACCUCUAUUUCCAGCAGCGUACAGAAAUUGUUGACGAUGCAUCAUGGGUUAUGGGGGUCUUCGAUAUCAUAGACCCAGCAAUCGACAGCAUUAAGAGACUCUUAAACAUUGAUCAGAAUUCAUAUUACAAGGCAACUAACUUUGAUGAUAUUAGUAGCAUCAAAGAAGAAUCUUCUGGCUUUUCCACUGAUCUUGUCAGUGGGAGUGGUUUCGAAUUGGAUACUUUUAUACGGGGAAAGCUUUCACUGGACCCGUCUAGAUUGGACAUUAUGUUGGAAAGGACAUUUCAAAACCGAGUCUCAGGAAAUGCCAACUCUUCGAGAAUAUGGAAAAGGUCUUCCAAAAAACUUGCCAAUGAUCCAAGACAAUAAAUGGCAAGGAGAAUAAUACAGGCUCAGCUGUGCAGAAACAAGUUUGGUCGCGAUUAGUCUUGCAGCAUAUUCUUUCUCUGUGGAUCCUAGAGAAUUCCCAAGCUUCACCAUGAAAAAAAUCUAGUGGUGAUUACUUGGACUGCAUAUAUUUGAAGUUGGCACUGAUAAAAUGUAAUUAUAGCUCCAAUCGCAGACCAUUGCUUCAGUUCUCCAGAAAGAAACAGAUAUAGAACAUGUAAGUUGCUGUCCUGAAUGUACAUUCACAGCAAAUAAAUUAUACAGAUUAAAAA